AUGGGCACACCAGCAGACGACGAAAGGAGAGUGUUGAAUGCAAUUGGUCAGUAUUUGUUGGGCGAAGAAUACAACAAUAUGACGAAUGCCCCUUCCACUGCCGUUGCGGAGGAACAACAAUGUUCAGAGGAAAGUGAAAAUAAGAAUAAAGAGGAAGAGAAACAUUACAGGGGAGUGACGUUCGUUAAGGCUCGCCGUAAAUAUGCUGCAGUGAUUCGAAACCCAGAGAAGAAGGGUUCCAGACUUUGGCUUGGCAGCUAUGACACAGCCGAAGAAGCCGCCGUGGCAUAUGACUGUAAAGCUUUUGAAAUGCGCGGUUCGAGGGCUAUCCUCAAUUUCCCUCUGAAUGUUUCGUCAGGACAGUACGUGGAUCCCUUUUCUCAAUCCUCUUCUUCACACACUCCAUCUAAGAUACCCAAGAAAAGGAAGACACAAGGGAAAGAUGAAGAAGAAUUACUUUUAACAAUUUCUACAUUCCUUUUCUCAUCUGAUAACAGUGGCUUCGCGUUGAUAAUUGCGUCUAAAAAUUUCAUUAAUAGAUCUUCAAUUGCUUUGUAUCUUAUAAGCUUCAUACCUUUUCCGAAUGAAUUAGCACUUGUGCAUAAUCCUCCACAUGUCCGCCGAGGCUUGCUUCGCGUUACAUUCAACGAGAGACGUAAAACGGGCGGUCUCCGGCAUAUUCAUACGGCAGCAGUUAUUCAGCGUUAUACAGAGGCUGAGAUAGCGCUGAGGGCGGGGAGACAGGCAUUAGAGGACACAGGGGUAGGAAAUGCUUAUGUCCUGCGAGCAGGGGAGGAGAUUACCUACUGGCGAGAUCUCUACUAUGGUGCGGUGCCAGCAGAUUAG